CUGCCGGUUCUGACUUUAAACAAUGUAGCAGAAGUUGGACCUCCUCCAGCCCAGACUCCAUUUCUUGCUCUGCCUUUUGUGUUUCUUUACAUGUCAGUUACACUAUUCAGAACCGCCAGUGCAUAGAGCAGUAAGGGAGUAGGAAACGGGCCGGUACUGAGUGUUUCCUUUUCUUUCUUCUUCAAAGAGUCCAUAUGAUUGGCUAAUUGGGAUCCGCUCUCUUAAUUGGGGAUUUUGCUUUAAUCUUGAACUUCCACCCCCGGAACAAAACUGCAUUUAUGUUUAUUAAUCAGCCUCUGACAACAUUUAGUCUCGGCUAAUGGCUCUCAGUCCAUCAACUGCCGGUACUGACUAAUGGCAGCUCAUCUGCACCGACUGAACUCCCUCAGAUUAAAGACAAAGCCAUGCUACUGUACCUUCUGCUUGUCCUGGGAUUGGUGGAAGAAGGGAUCUGCAUGCACCGCCCCCAAUAUUCUCCCUCGUGUUUAACCGUUAAGAUGACUGCCCACUGCCAUAACAAGUCUCUCCAACAAGUCCCGCUGGACCUACCCCCCGGCAUCCAAACACUUGACCUGUCCCACAACGACCUUGAGAACAUCACAGAGGAUCAUCUAAUGAAGUAUUCGUUCCUCGAGAGUCUCGACCUGAGCUCUAACCAACUGAGCUUCAUUCAGCCGCACUCUUUUAGGAAAAUGCACAAGUUGAAGGAAAUUAAUUUAUCAGGCAACGACUUGGACAGCUUUGUCCAUCAUAGAGUAUCAGGAAUUGGGGUGCUACCUUAUGUUCAAACAUUAGACCUAUCCCGGAAUAGUUUGUACAACGACAUGAUUGGUUAUUUCCUACAGGAAGCCCCACGCUUGCAGUAUCUCUCGUUGCACGAGAAUAGUAUUACCACCAUUUCCUCGGAUCUCUUUCAGGGGUCGCCAUUACUGGCAGAAGUGGAUUUGCACAAUAACAUUAUAAUGGACAUAGAAGAAGGAUCUUUUGAAUACCUGAAGCACCUCUCCAUGAUCGAUCUUUCCAUGAACUCCAUCACCUGCAUCUCGGAUUUUAACCUUCGACAACUGAAAGUUCUAAAUCUGAGCAAAAACAGCAUCAAGACGUUCCAUACGCCCGACUCGGAGGACGAGUACCUUCUGGAGAAGGUGGACCUCAGCCACAAUAAACUAUCAAGUUUCCCUCAGUUGCCUCGGGUUAACAAUGUGAUCUUUAUAGAUCUGUCCAAAAAUUAUAUUCACUUGGGCACAGAAACCCCUGGCGAGGACCCUGAUUGGAUGAAUUAUUCCUUUCAACUUGAAUUUGAAGAACAAAACCCUAAAAACAUCAGCACGGUUCCUCUCCCGAAGCUCAAUCAUUUAGACCUGAGCUACAAUAGCAUCAAAUCCAUCCCAGACGAUUUCUUUCUGACUAUGCCGUCCCUCACCUUCUUGAACUUGAGUAAAAAUUGCAUUCAGGUUUUGUCUUUGGGUCACUUUAGUGGGUUGAGCUCAUUGGCCACCCUUGAUCUAAGUGCUAAUUCUAUCCAGAACCUAUCGUUGGGCGCAAACUCUUUGCCCAGUUUACAACGACUUUACUUACAACACAAUCAAUUACGCCUGCUGGAACCCAGGAUCUUUCAAAGACUGGAGAGCAUUGUGCUGCUCCAUCUCCAGGGGAACCAUGUUGGACCAUGCAUGGCCGGCUUGGGCAAAGCAAAGCGAAGAACUCACGCGGAGGAAUACAGGUGCGUAGAAUUCUUUAAUAUUCCUACUCUCCAACAUUUAAACCUCAGAGAGAACAUGAUCCAAAGGAUACCAGCCUCUGCCUUUUGGGGGACUUCUUUGAAAGUUCUAGACCUGUCAAUGAACUUGGGCAUUAAAGUGAAGCCCAAUGCCUUGUUCGGCUUGGAAAAGACCCUUGAGGUGUUAUUUAUGGAAGGAAAUGGUCUUCCAUCUUUGAAUGUGGAUCUGCCUCUUUUUACUCAUCUGAAGUAUUUAAACCUUUCGGGAAACCAGUUAUCGGAGCUGCCCGAGUGGAACAGCGAUUGCCGCCUAGAAACCCUGGACCUGAGCCUCAACAGCUUCACCGGCCUGGAGGUCAGCAAUAUCCCAGUGUUAGAGAACACCCUAAAAACGCUUUCUUUGUACGGGAACCCCCUCAGCUGUUGUGCCAAUACGUGGAUAUCUCAUAUGAUCCGAAGGACUGCGGUGACCAUUGUGGCCCUCAACGCCACGACCUGCAACAUCUCCAAGCUGUACGAAGGGGAAAUGCUGGUCGAACAGAUGGAUCCGGAUAUCUGUGAGAAGGACUGGAAGAAAGUGAACGUUAUUGUGACUCUGGUGCUCGUGCUCUUGGUCAUCGCCAUUGGAAUUUGUUUCUUUUUCUGUUUUUGCAGAAAUAGAUUGAGUAGGAAAUAUAAAGCGUAAGGGGGUAAGUACCGGAUAGGGGGUAAAUACCACACAGGGGGUAAGUACCGGAUCAGGGUCUGACAGGUCAUGUUUGUCUUUAGGCAACUCUUUAUCAACAAAUAUCAAUUGGAAUACUGAUAGAAUACCUAUGGCGUUCCUAUGGGUUGGUAUUUUGUGUUUUUCAGCUUUCUGCCUCUAGGUACCACUGAUCCCAAAACCACAUGUACCCGGGCUUUACAGGGGUGUUAUCAUUUAUUACCCUACAUUUGAACCUAUAUUUUCUUAUUUAUCUCCUUUCCUCCUCAUCACUCAUCCCCCCAUACUCUUCAUGGGGAAUCCCAUAACCUGACUGCCCAUACAGUAAGGAACCCCUUCCUGUGCUGAUGGUGAGAUCUCCUUUCCUCGA